CAGGCAGAGAGAAAAAAAUACUCGACCCUUUGCCAACGCGUGAACUGACAACGCGCAGUGAGUAUACCUGGCUGUCAUCUUAUCGGGCUCACUUGCAUUCAUCACGGACUGCUAGACGGUCGGAUUCUGGAUCUGUCGCUAGGUUGACCUCUGCAGCAGCCCAUCAUGGUUGCGGACACCACUUAUUACGAUGCCCUCGGUGUCGCCCCCACGGCCACCGAACUCGAGAUCAAAAAGGCUUAUCGGAAGCUGGCCAUCGUCACUCAUCCCGACAAAAACCCUGGUGAUGAGUCUGCGCAUGCCCGAUUCCAAGCGAUCGGAGAGGCAUAUCAAGUUCUGAGUGAUGAAGAGCUACGAAAACGCUAUGAUAAGUUUGGAAAGGAAGAUGCUAUUCCCGGUGGUGGUUUCGAGGACCCCUCGGAAUUCUUCGGCAUGAUCUUUGGCGGCGCUGCCUUUGUCGACCUUAUCGGAGAGAUCUCGCUCAUGAAGGACCUGACCGCCACAAUGGAUAUCACCAUGCAGCAGAUGGAAGAAGAAGAGCUGGCUGCCUCGGCUGAGGAGAAGCUCAACAUCCACGAACAGGAGGGCCAGGGUGCUUCAACCACUUCCGGCGCUGCACCGUCAGAGGGUGCCCCUGCUGCUGCGGCUGCCGAUUCCAAGACCCCAGCACAGGGAGAGUCUGCCCAGAGCUCUGCUACCAGCACGCCGUCUCGUCGCUACAUGGGUCAGCAAGCUAUCAUGGACAAGUCGGAGGAAGAGGCAAGGAUGGAGGCAGCUGGUCUGUCGGCGGAAGAAAAGGAGCUGCGCAAGAAGGAAAAGAAGAAGGGUGGUUUGUCCCGGGAACAGCAGGAGCGCCUGGCUGCAUACGAAGAGGAGAGGAAGAAGGCACGUGAGGAGCGUGUCAACACCUUGGCCGUGAAGCUCGUCGACAAGAUCAGCGUAUGGACGGAAACCGACAAGGGUAAAGAUGUCACUCGUGCCUUUGAGGAGAAGAUUCGUCACGAAGUUGAAAACUUGAAGAUGGAGUCCUUUGGUCUUGAGAUUCUCCACGCCAUCGGUGCCACAUACGUUCAGAAAGCUACAUCUUUCCUCAAGUCGCAGAAGUUCCUCGGUAUCUCUGGUUUCUUCUCUCGCUUAAAGGACAAGGGUACUUUGGCCAAGGAAACCUGGACCACUAUCUCGACCGCUAUUGACGCUCAGAUGACAAUGGAGGAGAUGGCCAAGAUGGAAGAGCGCGGCGGAGAGGAGUGGACUGAUGAGAAGAGGGCAGAGUACGAGAAGAAGGUUACAGGCAAGAUCCUGGCCGCCGCAUGGCGUGGAAGCAAGUUCGAGAUCCAGAGCGUGCUCCGUGACGUGUGCGAUCAGGUCCUGAGCGACAAGAAGAUCAAGCUGGAGAAGCGCGUGGAACGUGCUCAUGCUCUGGUCAUUGCCGGAAACAUCUACGCCAAGGCGGAGCGUGACCCCGAAGAAGAGGGAGACUACAUGGCCUUUGAGGAGCUCAUGGCCGAAGCCAUGUCGAAGAAGGGCAAGGACGAGAAGAAGAAGAGAAAGGAAGGAAAGGGCAAGGUUGACGAGCCCGAGGAACCCGCUGCCGCCACUGCAUAGAUACCUGUUA